AUGUUGAGUUUCGUGAACAAUUACAAUGACUUUGGAGGGCGAACACAGUAUGUGCAGUGGGCUAGAAAUGCAGGAGCACAGAUUAAUAGUAAUGAUGAUUUCUACACAAAUCCAGUGCUCAAAGGGUAUUACAAGAAUCAUGUCAAGAGAGUCCUAACAAGAUUCAACACCAUAACUGGAAUUGCUUAUCGAGAUGACCCAACAAUCAUGGCGUGGGAACUCAUGAACGAGCCUCGUUGCCAAGUCGACUACUCUGGAAGAACAAUAAAUGCCUGGGUUCAAGAGAUGGCAACUUAUGUAAAAGCUUUAGAUGGCAAGCAUUUGCUGGAAAUAGGCAUGGAAGGAUUCUAUGGGGAUUCGCUACCCCAAAAGAAGCAAAUAAAUCCUGGUUACCAAGUUGGGACAGAUUUCAUUAGUAACAAUCUCAUCGGGGAGAUUGAUUUUGCCACCAUUCAUGCAUAUCCUGACAUAUGGUUGUCUGGUAAAAAUGAUGAUGCGCAAAUGGAAUUUAUGAAAAGAUGGAUGUCAAGCCAUUGGCAAGACUCGAGGACGAUACUAAAGAAACCUUUGGUAAUCGCAGAAUUUGGAAAGUCCAGUAAAGAUCCAGGAUACAGUUUAAACGAGAGGGACUGGUACAUGAGUUCUGUUUAUACAAACAUCUACAAUUUGGCAAGAAGUGGAGGAACCGUUGGUGGGGCCCUGGUUUGGCAACUCAUGGCAAAAGGGAUGGAUUCUUACGAUGAUGGGUACCAGAUUAUCUUAUCAGAAAAUCCUUCUACUGACGGAGUCAUUUCUAGACAAUCUCGUGCAAUGACAGGUUUAUCUCAUUUGUUUGGCUUACCUCAUAGUAAUGGUCGUUUGAGCCAUUGGCCACACAACGCAAAGCAUGGUCAUCCAUAUGGUCGACGUCAUGUAAACAAGUCCGUUCCUUGA